AUGACGAGUCCGUUAAGGGAAGACGAGAAACACGAGCGCGCGAUUCGAGCUCUUCUUAGGCUCGAACCCAAUCGAACAUGCAUUAAUUGCAACAGUUUGGGACCACAAUAUGUGUGCACAGAUUUCUGGACGUUUGUUUGCACUAAUUGUAGCGGAAUACACCGUGAACUUACACAUCGUGUGAAAUCAGUUUCAAUGGCUAACUUUACUUCGCAAGAAGUUACUGCACUUCAAGAAGGAGGGAAUCAGCGUGCAAGAAAUGUUUAUUUUAAAGAAUGGGAUGGACAACAACAUUCUUUCCCUGAUAGUGAUAAUGUUAACAGGCUCCGAGACUUUAUUAAGCAUGUUUAUGUGGAUAGGAGAUUCACCGGAGAUAGUACCUCUGACAAACGAGUGAAAAACGGUGGUGACAAAGAUGGGUCAUAUGAAAACAGGAGAGUUGAGGAGGGAGGAUCUAAAAGCCCUCCAUAUGAAGACUCACAUGAACCUUGUUAUAGUGAUAGGUCUAGUCCCGGUGGAAGAAGUCCUGGAUAUGAUCAAGAAAGUAGGCAAGUUGGUAACUAUAAGAGAAGUCCCGGUCGUCCUCCAGUUAUCAAUGAUUGGCAUCGUGAAGAACGUAGAAAAUCAGAUGGAGAUUAUAAGACGGAAAGUAAAUCCCCUGUGCAAGUCAGAAAUAUGGGCUCUUCUAGCCCACCUGUGGGCCGACCCGUUAGAGAAUUUUUGGGAGAAAAUGUAGUACCUCUUAGGAUAAGUGGACCUCCCAAACGGAACAAUGGAAAAGCUGCCAAUGCCUCAACACUGACACAGAGAACUGCAUCCUCCGGUAGCUUGGUAUCCAGUAAUGAAAGCCAAGUAAAUAUUAAGCUUGAGACUACUAAGAACCUUAUUGAUUUUGAUGCUGAUCCUAUUGCUUCCACAAUUCCUCAAGCCCAACAAACUAGCGCGCCUCAACCUGUUUUGCAGCCAGGAAAUUCCAGUGAUGACAAUUGGGCCUCUUUUGAUAUUGCUUCUGAGAAGAAAGCAAAUCAAAACACCUCAAAUUUAAAUCCACUUGAAUCCGUACUGUCCCAAUUGUCUUAUUCGGCAUCUUUAUCUUCUCAUGCUUCGGGAGUCCAAGGACCUAUUCCAGCAGGGGCUCUUAGUUUUGGCAGUUUAUCAUCUUUCCCAUCCAAUGAUGCUUCGAUGCCAUCUUCCGGACUGGAAGUUGUAUUACCUCAUAAUAAUGUAGGAAAGUGGGCUAGUUCGCAGCAUCAGCAACCAAUGUUCUCUGCUGUAAAUAGUCAGGGAUAUCCCAACUCACCAAUGCCUCAUGCAUACCAUCGUGCUUCGAAGCCAGCCAAUGAGGCUUUUAACAGUAUUCUUUCUCAAACUUCUGCUGUAGAAGUAAAACCAAGUGGAAGAACAAAACUUUCUGAAGAUUUGUUCACUGCAAAACACUCUUCCUUCUCUGCUCCAGUUCAAGGUUGGCAGGCGGGUCUUCCCCAGGGCAGGGGCAUCUCAAUGCAAUAUGAUAAUAAUGUGGCGCCCAUACCAAGUUUUUCGGAGCCAUCAAGGUCAACAAAUCCAUUUGAUGUCGGCAGCAAACAAACCCCAGAUCAAGACCCAGGUGUAUGUGACUUUCAUUGA